AUGUCUUGGCCUGGUGGAACACCAACAAUUUAUUUCCAAACAAGCAAUGGUGAUGAAAUUGAAGCACUUCCAAAUCCUGAACAGGAAUCCACCCAAAUUAGAGAAGAAAAUGUUGGCUCUGAACCUAUUUCAAACCAUGAAAAUGAGACAGUGAAUGCAGAUGUGGAGAAAUUGCCAUCUACUAAACGAAGAAAGUUGAAUUCAAAGGUUUGGAAGGAAUUCACAAAAUAUAAAGAAGAUGGAAUAGAAUGGGCUAUAUGCAAACAUUGUGAGAGGAAGUUUAAUGGUUCAAGCAAGAAAGGAACUACACAUUUGAAAAAUCAUUUAGAAAGAUGCCAUCGUCGUAAUAGAAAUCCAGGUGAAGGUGCAUCUGUUGAAACAAAUGAUUUGAUUGCUCCAACUGUCGUCAAAGAAAAAUCUGUGAUUGAUGAAGAAUUGAAUAAUUUGGAUGCUGCACGAAUCAUCAUUAAGUAUGGGUUUUCAUCAUUGAAGUUCAUAAAGGCUGACAUACUCCAUGUUUACAAAGAGGAGAAAGAAAAGCUUCGGGGAUAUUUAAAUAAACUGUCUUGUCAUUUCCAUUUGAAAUUUGAGUUGUAUGAUAUGGAGUACAUUUUGGUGGUGCUCCACUUCAUUGAUGAUAAUUGGGUAUUGAAGAACAGGAUUAUUGAUUUUGCAUCGGAAAGGAAUGAAAGGGAUUUUUCAGACAUUGUUAAAGGUCUACUUUUAGAUCUGAAUGUUGACAAGAAUAUAUGUUCUAUAGUCACAGGUAUUAGUAGAGAAGAUUUGGAUCUUUUUUUCACAAACUCCUGGAUCAGUAAACGAGCUUUACUUCCUUUCAACGAGAAUGUGUUAACCAUUCAUUGGCUGGUAGAUAAUCUUAAGAGGACUGUUAAAAAUGGGCCAAGUUGGAUGGCAGAAUUGCUUAGUGAAAUAAAGAUGUCUUUCAGCUAUAUUCGUGAGUCGCCAUCAAAUGAAAACAGGUUCCGAAUUGCGUUAAACAAAGCUAAGUCGAUGGGCAAGAAGGUGAGUUCUCAAGGCCUUCCUAAUAAAUGGAUUUUUGAUGAAUUAGAGGUGCUCGGGAGUGCAUUGGGGUAUAAAGAAGCAUUUUGUGAGCUUGAAACGAUAGAUCAUAAUUUCAGGGUAAUAAAUUUGACAGAUGAGGGAUGGUAUAAAACAACCGUGGCAUAUGAGUGUGCGCGUGUGUUAAAAGAUGCUGCUGAUAAUUUGUCUAGAAGCAAAUAUACUACUGCAAAUGUAUAUUUCCCCAAGGUUUGUGACAUAUAUAUGAAAUUACUUCAAUGGGAAGAAAGUGACAAUUCUUAUGUUCGUGAAAUAGCUUCAUCUAUUAGAGAGAAAUAUUUUGACAGGUAUUGGAGUCAAUGUAACCUGGCUCUAGUAAUUGCAGUGGUUCUUGAUCCACGAUUCAAGAUGGAAAUGGUAGUAGGUUGGUACAAGGAACUAUAUGGUGAGGAUGCAAACACACGUCUCAGGAAAAUCUACAAUGAAGUUAAUAAUGUCUAUAAUGAAUAUGCAAAAGUUCCGAGAAUGCUAGACACCCUGGGGAGGCCUUGUGGAUCUUCAAAUUCAGAACUUGAUUUAUAUUUAAUGGACCUUAAAAUUCCUUCUGUUGAAGAGUUUGACAUACUAGCUUGGUGGCGCACCAACUCUCAAAAGUAUCCGACACUUGCUAGAAUGGCACGAGAUUACUUGGCGAUGCCUAUUUCUACUUCUGGUUUUACUUUAGAUUCUUGUCAUUUAAGUUCCGAACUUUAUAAUAUUUUUAAUUGCGAUGGCCUAGAUACUGACUUGAAAAAGGCCCUGGUAUGUACUAAAAGCUGGCUGAAGAGCCCUCAACAUGACUAA